AUGCACUCGAAAUUUAGGUGGGUAUGUGUCGAUACUCAAUUCUGCACACACCACCAAAAUCUGUCGCCUUUCUCUUAUAUCUCCAACCCGAGUCCAAUGUCAUUUUCUUACCUUGAAGGCAACAUCGAUUUUAAAGGACAGGAACUUGCAAACAGGAUCACUAAAAAACUAAUCACAUUUGGUGCAAUUAUUAGUUUUCUGGUAGGAUUUUUGAGUGACAACAUCUUAUACACUGUAUACACUUUCGCAGCUUUUGGUUUAUUGACUGCUUCUUUGGUUAUUCCCCCUUUUAGCUUCUACAAAAAGAACCCUGUAACAUGGUUACCAAAGAAAUCCAAAAUAGAGAUUCAGCAUUGA